AUGCGGUUGCGCCCCCUUCUCCUCUCCCCCCUCAUUCUUCCGGAGGAAAAACCGGCUCUUCAAAUAAAUUUGCCUUUUAAGUUAGGUUCAGCGGGGCUGAACAAUCCCAGAGUAACCGACUGGGCCUAUCAAAAGCGGACUGCUGCAUCUACAGCGACAGAUUUCAAUGGCCGCCAUCUGGGAGGCACCAUACCGCCACCAGCAUCAUUGGACGUCUUCGAUAAGUUUGGCUGUUGUGCGGCUUCACGUCCCACCGCUGAAUUCUUCCCUUAG